AGUUUCAAAAAGUAGGAGGGGUCUAAAUGACACGUGAGUUCUUUGCCAACCUCGUACAGAGUCUAGGGUUUACAUAUAAAAGAAAAAAACAUUUUCCAGUAAACCCAAUAGCUGCUUACUUGUAUAGUGUGAUUGAGGAAUCAAGACAAGAUGGAUAAGAGUAUGAUUGGAGAUUUGGAUUCACUUCCUGAAGCUGAUAAACUUAGAAUGGCUGCCAUGAUUGAGCAGCUCCAAGUCCGUGACAGCUUGAGAAUGUAUAAUUCCCUAGUUGAAAGAUGUUUUACAGACUGUGUGGACAGUUUCAAACGCAAAACUUUAGACAAACAGGAGGAAACCUGUGUCCGACGAUGUGCUGAGAAGUUCCUGAAGCAUUCUAUGCGUGUGGGUCUGAGAUUUGCGGAGCUUAACCAAGGUGCACCAACACCAGACUAAGGCGCUUCAGCUAUGUGCCUUCAAUUCAAUUUCUCAUUACUUGGGCAGUGUUUAUUGCGGGUUAAUCUAGGACAAUAGUUGGAUGUUCCUUAAUUUUGAAUGUCAACAGCAUUCCUCGUCAGAGUAAUUGGUAAAAUGUACUUUUGCAGCUUUUCUUCUCAAUAGUUGGAAUGGUAUAUCAGGAGUGAAAAAUUAGAAACUUGAAUGGUAAUACUGGAUCCUGUAACUAGAUUGCAGGCCACUUUAUGUUACCAUAGCAUUCUUUUGUUGCAGACUUCCAGAAAAUAAUGUGGUAUUCAAUUUCAUCAAGAAUACAUAUCUGUUGUCUUCGCUUUUCUGUAACUGAAAAAUCCCUGAUCGUCAAUGACACUAUUGACACUGUUCGAAAUUCAA